ACAAACAAGUCAUGGGACAUGCGCAUAUUUCAAUACACAAACAUAGAUCAACCUGGAAAAGUUUUUGAACUAUUUCUUUCGAUCUGUUUUGAUUUUGUGAAUUGUUGACGCACUACAUCUUUGUGUUCACAACAUGUAGACACAUUAUCAACAACGAACGGAAUAGUUAACAAUGGCUGACAGCAAAAUUAUCUUCGCAGCCAUAGAUUUGGGUACUUCGUUUUCUGGCUGGGCGUUUGCGCUUAGAACAGAUCCGGAUACCAUGCCUAAUAUAUUUGUGAAAUCAUGGUAUUCUGCUUAUACAGCCCACGCAACAGGAAAAACACCAACAUGCGUUUUGAUAAAACCUGACGGAGAGAGUCUGGAAGCUUUUGGAUAUGACGCAGAAACAAAAUACAACGAACUGGUAUCAAAGAGACUGCAUGAUACCUACUUCUACUUCAAAAAUUUUAAAACUGGUCUAUACGGGAAAUAUUAUCAGCCUUUGAACAUGGGCAUGACACUCGUGGACGAAAUGGGCAAGACUCUUCCAGCAAUCAACGUAUUUUCAUCUAGUAUCAGGUACUUAGCUGAUGACAUGUACACGCAGUUAGAGAAAAGUUUUCAGGACAUCAGAAGAGAAGAUAUAAGAUGGGUUAUAACAGUUCCGGCAAUCUGGACAGAUCAAGCAAAAUAUUUGAUGAGAGAAUCUGCCAUUAAAGCCGGAAUGAAAUCCGACAGUUUAAUAAUGGCAUUAGAACCAGAAGCGGCGUCCAUUUACUGUCGUCAACUUGACUUGCGUGCUAUAAACAGAGAAACUGGCGUUGCAUUAGCAUCCCUAGAAGUUGGAAGCAAAUACCUGGUUUUAGAUGCUGGCGGUGGUACAAUAGACUUGACAAUCCAUGAAGUUGAUUCCUCCAAAUGUGUGAAGCAAAUUGUAGUCUCAAGUGGAAAUGUCAGUGGAGGAAAUGCAGUGAACAGAGAGUUUGAAAGGUUUUUAAAAGAAGCAAUUUCCGACGAUAAGUAUCAACAGUUUAAACGUAACCAAACUGAAGACUGGCUUUAUCUCAUGGGUGACUUUGAAAUUAAAAAGAAAUCUUUCGAUCCUAAAAAACAAGAUACCAUAGUUUUGAGGUUCCCGCUAAGCCUUAGAGAGGUGUUCGAGACAAGCAAGCGCCAGUCUUUGUGGCGAAAAUCAAGAAAGCGAAAAUGUAUAGAAGAAGCUGUCAAGGAUACGAGUUUCGGUACAGAUAUCACUAUAAAAAGGGACAAAAUCAUUUUUACCGCACGAGAUUUUAGCAGAUUUUUCCAACACUCACUGGAGAAAACAAUAAAAGAAAUAAGAAAACAACUUGACAAAUUGCAUGGGGAGAUGGUUUACUGUAUAUUGAUGGUUGGUGGGUUUUCCGAAUGCACGCUGUUGCAACAGGAAGUGAUUUCUUCUUUUCCCUUCAUUCCUGUAAACAUACCCAUAGAAGCCUCAACAGUUGUACUAAAAGGAGCUGUUGUGUAUGGAAAUAACCCUCCUAUCAUUUCAGAAAGAGUUGUAAAAUACACGUACGGUGUGUCAGCCUGUAAUUCCUUCAUAGCAGAUGCUCAUCCAGUUGAAAAGCGACUCGUUACAGACACUGGGGUUGUCUGUAAAGACAUAUUCUCAAAACAUGUAACGAGAGGAGAACUUGUGAAAACAGGAGAACCGCAGCGAAAAGAAUGCUAUUUACCCCAGUAUCGGAACCAAAAGUCUGUAAAAUUUGAUAUCUGUGCAUCCAAGUUACCAAACCCAAGAUAUACUACUGACAAAGAUUGCCACAUCAUUGGAACCAUUGAAAUACAAUUAACAGAGAGAGAUGAUGCACGAGAAAACACAAUUAUUGUGUCAUUUGCAUUUGGAGGAACAGAGAUAGUUGUAACAGCUGUUGAGGAAGAGACGGGAAAAGAAAUUAAAACGCAUGUCAGUUUUCUUGAAUAGAGUAUAAUGUUUGAUUUGUUAUCUCUCAAUGUUGGCGGACCAGGAUUACUAAGAGCGAACUGAAAAAAACGCAAAAGGUCACAGGUUAACCUCUUUUCUACACCUUAAAAAGAACAAAUCUCCAUCUAGAAGAGCAGAUGUUUUACGUUUUCUCAAUUUAGGCAAAGAGUGGCAACAUUUAAGCAGCAAUUCCGUAUGAAUGUUUCCAAAGUACGACAGCUUUAAGCAUGCUUGUCAGUUCUUCGAUGUGAUACUUUCGCCCUUGUCCACGGGCAUUACAGGAAUUGUGAUCAUAGGUUUUAAAACUAUUCAGGACUCAAUAUUAUAAUCAAUGUUUAUAUAUGCAAUAGGUUAUUGAAAUAGUACAGUUGAAGUUUGGCGAUUUUAUAGUGAUAAUAUCAAAUAUGUUUCUACCUUGAUGAAACUAAACUUCAAAGUAAAAUACUGCGAAUUACAAGAAAUUUGUGAUUCUAGGAAUUACACUGUGGGUGAAACCUAGUACAAAAUAAACGUAACAGUUGUAGAUUGUACUGCCUAUGGGUAUCCUUAAUUGCUGAAUUAGCAAUUCAGAUAUACUUUAACGCAUGGAUUUUGAUAAUGAUAUUGCACAUUUCAAAUUGUGAUAAUUUCAUAGAAAAUAUCUGAUGGUAUAAAAUCGUUUCUGUUAGAAGGCUUACGAUGCAUAAAAAUAUAACAAUCCGUAGUAAGUCUAACAAGAGCUGUCGGAGGACAGCAACGCUCGACUAUUCACCAGUCUUGUCAAUUGAAUAAAUAUUAAAGUCGAAAAAGGGACAUAAUUUUGUAAAAUUGCAAAACAUGGUUAUGAAACCUGUCCAAUGCAUAUCAGCUUAUAACAAUAGACAGUUGUGUGACAUUUCAAUCCAUUCCCAUUAGUUGGUACUGAGAUACCAGCUUACAUACAAAAAACUUAAUCAAACCGGGACGCAAUGUAAGUCAGUUUAUCACAGUGUGAAGUUUCAAUCCAUUCCCACAAGUGGUUACUGAGAUACCAGCUUACAUACAAAAAACUUAAUCAAACCGGGACGCCAACGCCGACGCCGUUGCAGACGCGGACGCCGACGCAUGGGUGAAUCCAAAAGCUCUACAUAUUCUUUGAAUAGUCGAGCUAAAAUACACAAAAAUACAAUAAUCAAUGAUAUCAGCAUUAUGUUGUUUUUUGUUUUAAUGUAUAGUAUUUCGGUUUCAUGGUAAUACUGAAUAUAUAAAUAGAUAAAUAAUAAUAAAACAUAAACAUCCCAACGAGCUUUGAUUCAGCUAUUUUUGUUGUAAUAACAGUAACAAACGCUACUAUGUAUAGGAUAUAAGACGAAAAGAUUUAAUAUGUAAAAUACUGGACUGUCCGAAGCGCGUUAUGAGGCUUAUAUCUUACUUAAAACAUGGGUUUUAAUGACAUAACCAAUAAAGAAUUACGUUCUUUAUAACCAUUGACGUAAAAUAUUCAUAAAUUACUUCGGUCUUUAUUCACUUUACCGCAUUUAAUAGCAGUUGCUAUAGGAUUAUGAUGUACCCUGUAGAUCGUCAUGACAAUUUUUACGCACGUUCUUCUCAUAAUGCACGAUUGCGUUUUUCUCGUGUUUCUCGCCUUCGUAAUAUUGGACUUACGUUAGCCCGGGAUUCUCGUGAUGCCAUUAAUUGUGUUAACACAUGCACGGAAUAAACAGUAGUAUUCUCACGAGUGGCGGCGGAAGGAAAGAAAUUUUGUGACAUUUUGGAAAUAAAAACUGAAUUUAUUUUAAUUCACUGAAAGGGUAAAGUGCUCCUGUUCUUUUUAUUUAAGCGUGUACAAGGAAAUAUUCUUGGUGUUAAAAUUUACAAGAGUAUGGCGGAUGAUGAUAAUGUUUCACUGAAAACGUAGUUGGAAUCGGACAGCUGGAGAAAUUGACUGCUGCAUGUGCACUGAAUGAGAAAAUGGGUUAUUUAUUUACAUGCCUGGCAUUAUUGCGAUUUAUUACUUCAAUGACAGUUUUUGUUGGGUUGUACAUGAAUUUGCUCGAAAAUCUUCAAAUUUAGUGCAAAAAGACUUACAGAACAGACACUUUUAAUAUAUUAUCGGAUACAGCUACUGGUAAGUCCAUACUAAACUUGUGAUAUUAUUUCGUUCUUAUUAUCUGGACAAUACACGGCGCAUAGCGGCGAGACGGAAGCUGAAAACUAAGGAAAACUUGCUGAAAAAUAUACUUGAUCAUUCACUUUGAAUCUGUUAGAUUUUUUCCCUUAAAUCUCAGUAUUUCAUCCGAAAAAUAAAAUAAAAUAUACGAGUACAAAAUUCAAAAAUAUUGCGACAAAACUAAGGUUCAUGUAAGUACAUGUGUCCCUUAUUUGCAAUUGUUUUUCUUUUCCAAUAGGCAGUCUCACAGACUGAACAAAUGUGAGUAAAUGCUUCAAACUGGCUUCUAACACAAGAAAUGAAGGCAAUUUGUCAUUCGAAGGGUGCUGUAAACGUUUAUAUUUUGAAAGGAACAACCUGUUUUUGCAGUGUUCUUUUUUCUUCAAUACAGUAUUAUGCCAAGGUCUCCAACGGAACAUUUAGGUUAUUGGAUAAAAUGUGUUAGGAGGAUCUAGAACAGUCACUUAAAUUAAUAAGUAUUUAUCGUUUUGAAUAAUAUUUAGAAAUUAGCCUGACAUUCCAUAGGAAAACCACAAUGUGUUUCACUUUUUCCGCAGUAUUUUGCAUGAACUGUAAAUUCUUAUGGUUAAUGCUAAAAAUUUCUGUCAAUACCCACAACAAAAAUAUCAUUUGCUGGCGUUUACACGAACAUUCAGAAACAUGUAAGCAUUAGUUUAUUUUUUUUUCUUUGCACAGAUGUACGUAUAAAUUCGGAAAAUAUGGAUUAUGACAUAACAAAAAAUGGGCUAUGUAUGAGGAUGCAAUUAUUUACUUAACUUUCGUAAAUCGUAAAUUAUUACUAUUAUCUUUAUGCUCCCCGAAGGGCGAGCAUAUAGCUGCCACUUUGUCCGUCCUUCCGUUCAUCCGUCUGUCCGGAGUAUAACUUAAAAAGUAUUAAUGGCAUUUUAUUGAAAUUUCACAUAAUCAUAGAGGCCAUUGAGACAAAGAGCAGUGUAAAAGAACCAUAACUCUACUUUACCUUGCUUUUGAAUUAUCUCCCUUUAUUUUUAUUACUAUAAUUAUUGAAGUUCAAUGUCAAAGAAACAUAACUCUACCUAGUUUUUGAAUGAUCUCCCUUUUUAUACAAAUAAGGCUUCUUCGGAGCAUUACUUGAAAUGUAUUAACGGCAUUUCAUUGACACUUCACAAAAAUGAUAGAGGCCAUUGAUGGGAUGUACAGUAUCAAAGUACCUUAAAUCUACCUUACCUAGUUUUUGAAUUAUCUCUCUCAAGCACAUGCAUCGGGGAGCAUCAUCCGGUUUUACCGAUUCCUUGUUGUGACUAAAAUACUGUUAAAAAGGUAGUGAAACGUGAAGCGAGCACUACCGAAUUAUUAUGGAUAAUUUGUACUUUAUUUGAUCUUUUAUUUUCAAAGUUGAUGCAAGCAGUAGAUAACCGUUUCGUUAAAUAAAGAGGACUUGAGACUGUAUGACUAGUAGGCCCUCCCUCGUCUCGAAAUCUAGGAAUUUACUACAGUACAGCCUUAAAGAACUAUCAUGAUUGCUCUGAUAAAACUGCUUUUUAAGCAGAGAGGAAUAAAUUCUUGCACAAUUUUAAAAACUGGAAAUGUAAACAAUAUUGAGGAAAUUGUUGCUCUAGGAAGUUGUCCUUUAGGGAAUAAGACUACGUCGACGCAUGCAAAAAAAAUGUAAAAUGUUAUUUUAAAAUUUUGCGAUUCUGUCCAUAUUUAUUAGGCAUCUAUACAUAAAACUUAGUUUUGAUAUUAAUUUUUCUUUUUAUUAUCAGAACUGUGUUAUAAUAUUGGUCUGCUUUCAUUUGGUUACAGUAUUUUAUAUGGAGUUCACUAUUGCUAAAUAUGGGACUACAUGAGUACAUUGAUUCUGUAAAUUAAUCGUUUUUCUCGUGCAGUCUAAUAUUAAAUAGACAGUUCAAUAUUUAAAAAAAUAUUGGACUGCACGUAGAAAAUACUAUACUAAGUCCCAUUAAAAGCAGUCCAAUAUUAAAAUUACAGUACUGCGAGUACAAAGGAAUGACGUAAUGACAAUGUUUUAAAGCAAAGAAUACAAUGGAUUGGUUCUUAUUCUGUGCAGAUUACCAGGUGCAAACCUGAAUCGACUGGUUUAUUCACUAUUUCUUUUAUGGUCAGCAUGUAUAGGAUUCAUGUUUCAUAUUCGUAUCACCAUACACAAUUUUCAAAUCAAUGCUAUUUCCAUUCAUUAUGAAAGUAUUGAAAAUGGCGAAUACUUCUUUUAGUUCAAAAAUUCUGAACCAAUUAGGAAGCGAUAAAACAACUUGUAUCGUCUCAUUCCAUCUUUUAACAAUCUACUUUGGCUGCGCAAACAAGAUAGACAAAAGGGGGUAAAAUAACUUUACAUUUUUUUUUCCAGGAAUAUUGGAAAUAUAAAAUUGUCAAUGCUAAUGUUAGAGAAAUAUAAUAAUUAUCAUGA